UAGAACGCGUCUCCUAUUUUCUCCUCUCAUUGAUCAGAAGCUUGAAAGCAGCAGCUACAUCCUGCUAUUACUAGUAGUUGCUAGUUGCUACUCACACUCUGUUACUAGUAUCCAAAUUGAGAGACGCCCAAAAAGCCAAAGCAAGAAGACAGACAGCAAUAAACCCACAAUUCCCCUCCGGCUCUCACUCAGAUCUGAGAUCUAAAUCUAUAUUCCCACUCACUGGUUCAGUGCUUCGUUAAGGGUUGUUGAUUAGAGCUGCUUCGCUUCGCUUGGCUGCUUGAUUGAUUGCUUCAUCGUCCAUCAUCAAUCAUGUCGAGGAGGCAAGUAGGCUCCGGCAGGCGAUUCGUCGACUCCGGCAACUUCCCCUUCGCUUCCGCUCUCCAUCACAAGUCCCGCUCUUCUCCUCUACUCUCCAUCGGUCUAGUCGUCUUGGGUGCUUUGCUUCUCAUCGCCUAUGCUUAUGGCGGUCCAGGUUUGUUCAGGGGUAACAAGGAUGUUAGUAGGAUUGAAGGGCGACUAUACGUGUACAGCAGAAGUCCUGAGAGCUAUACCAAUUCUGAAGAAAGCAUAUGGAGACAACAUGCGUAAAAUUUUGCAUGUAGGUCCUGAUACUUGUGCUGUUGUGUCCACAUUGUUGAAAGAAGAAGAAACUGAAGCUUGGGGGUUGGAGCCAUACGACAUCGAGGAUGCAGAUGCAACCUGCAAAAAUCUUGUUCGGAGGGGCCUUGCUCGUGUUGCUGAUAUCAAAUUCCCUCUACCCUACAGGGCAAAGUCAUUCUCACUCGUUAUUGUAUCGGAUGCUCUUGAUUACCUUUCACCAAAGUACCUGAACAGGACUCUUCCUGAACUGGCUAGGGUUGCUUCAGAUGGUCUCGUUAUCUUUACAGGUAUUCCAUGCAAACUCCAUAAGAAUUAACGUAGUACGGAAAUCUUGUGAUUUGAAGAUCAGUUGUGGUGAGGCAACCAUCUUUCUCGUGUGUCUAUUUGUGUUGGGCCUUUCACACGAACAAUUUAUUUUCCAAACCGUAGUCGAUGUUUGCAGUUGUUGUGAGGAAGCUAUCAUUCUCUUACCUUGAUGCGUUUCCCUUUUAGGUUAUCCUGGCCAACAGAGAGCUAAAGUUGCAGAACUGUCCAAAUUUGGACGGCCGGUGAGUGUAUUAUAGGAUACCUUUGGCUUCUCAUCUAGGCUCUUUUGCAGUAUUUGGCAUGCUGUUGGUUAUCAAGUCUUAUUCACAAGUUAAGUUAGCUAUGUCGACUCUGGGAGACCACUGACUGAUUCUGAUGUUUGAAUUUUCAGCCCAAAAUGAGGAGCUCCUCUUGGUGGAUUCGCUAUUUUGUUCAAACAAGUUUAGAAGAAAAUGAAGUUGCUCAAAAGAAGUUUGAUCAGGCAGCACUGAAGAGGUCGUACAAGCCAAACUGUCAAGUAUUCCACCUCAACCCAUACCAUUAAACGUCAAGGGACACGAUGAGAACCAGCCUAUAGGCCACGGUUCUCUAAGUUUUCGGUUCCCUCGCACUUGAGCUCAAAGAUAUCUUUUACUCCCACACGCACACAAGCCAAGCCCAUUCUCUUACCUUGUUAGCUAAAUGCCUAAAUCACAUGGAAAAAAAAAAGUUCUUACAUUAUGUUGUAUCAUUUUUAACAUUUAAACAAUCAAUACCUUAUUAAUCCAGGUCAAGUUUGUUGAUUGAUGGCAGUCGACUUUUCCGUUUUGGAUUCAGCUUCCCCCAAUGAGGUGGGCUAAGUUCAGGUCGAUAAACCCCCCCCUUUUAAAAAGGAUCUUAAAGCAUUAUGAUUGAUUGAUUCAGUUAUUGACUGAUUCAAUUUUAGGUAGUUAGUCGGGAGUAAUUAGUUAAUUAGUUAUUAAGG